AUGAAUAUAACAUUAUUUAUUGUGAAGAUGAUUGAUCUAGUCGACUUUUAGGGAAUUUUUAAACAAAGAGGUAUCCAAAUUGAUGGAAAAAGGUAGUUUAAUCCAUUUUUAAAAAGAGAUUUCUAAAACAUAUCAUGA